AUGUCAACCACCACCAACACCAACACCCCCAACCGCGUCUGCAGCAUCGCCUUCCUCAAGAAGAACCCCUCCCUCACCCACGACGAGUUCUACCACCACUGGUCCCAGGUCCACGGACCCCUCGUCAAGCCGUGGAUGGAGAAGCACGGCAUCACGGGGUACACGCAGGUAAACGCCACGCCGCAGCUCAACGACGCCGCCGCCGCAACACCGCUGGGCCCGGAGAAAAAGAGAGACAAGGGGAAGGGGGGGGAGGAUCCGCUGGGUGGGUUCGACGGCGCGGCGGUGAUUGAGGCUCCGAGCUGGGAUGUGCUGGAGGGGGCGUUUGCGGACGAGUACUAUCGGGAUGUGAUCGCCAAGGACGAGGAGCGGUUUCUGGAUCGGGGAGCUGGGGUUUUGAGGAAGAGGGGGCUGGUGAAUAGGGUUAUUUGA